GGCUCACUCGAUAUCUCGGCCUCUCCCAAUAUUUUACGCCUCUGGCUCUUGGUAUUUUCGCAAUGCCGGGCUCUCAGCUUAAGAGGCUAAAAGCCUCUCUUAGAGAAAAAGGUGUUAUAGGCCCACAACUGUCUAAAAAGCAGAAAAAGAGGAAUGCGCAGGAUGGAAAGACAAGUAAUAACCGGAGAUAUCAGAAGGCGGCAGAGCUGGAGGGCAUCCGAGAAGAGUUCAAUCCUUUUGAUUUGAAGCACAAUGUGCGCGGCCCCAAGUUCCAGGUUACCACCAGCCGACCAGCACCUAGCAAUGCUACUAAAGGAAGACCAAGCGAAGCAAAGUCUCUCGGCGAAGAAAGGCGACGUCAAACGCUUCUUGUGGAACUCAACCGGCGCCAUAAAGUAGGCGGGAUACUCGACCGACGAUUCGGAGAGAAUGACCCAUUCAUGACACCAGAAGAGAAGAUGCAAGAAAGAUUUGUGAGAGAGAAGCAAACUCACAAAAGCUCUAUGUUUGACCUCGAAGAUGACGAACCUAGCGAGGGAUUAACUCAUCUUGGAAAAUCCUUGUCGUUUGAUGGACCAGAUCUAGUAGAUGAUUUUGAAGAGGAUGACCUUUCGGCCGGAUCCGACGCGGCCGAGUCAGACGAUGAACAUCGCGGUUCGAAGCGCAUGCGGCCUUUCAACGACGAUGCCCAGGAUGGCGACCAAGAAGAAGGACAGCCAGAACGGAAAAAGACGAAGCAAGAAGUCAUGAAGGAAGUCAUUGCAAAAUCGAAAUUCUAUAAGGCUGAACGGCAAGCAGCUAAAGACGCUGACGAGGAUUUACGGGAAGAACUUGAUAUGGAACUCCCGGAUCUCCACGAUCUACUGUUCAACAGGAAGAAGGGGCCUAGCGCUACAGAAAGCAAUCCAGCUGAAUCCGCCGCUGCUGGCAAGGAAAGGAUGGAGCGCGAUUACGAUAUGCGACUUAGACAAUUAGCGCAAGACAGGAGGGCACAACCUACAGAUCGCUCCAAGACAGACGAAGAGAAAGCCCAAGAAGAGUCUAAGAGGCUAAAAGAGCUAGAGGAGAAGCGACUUAAAAGGAUGCGCGGGGAGGAAGUCAGCGAUGACGAGCUCGAAGAGCAUGCUAUUGAUAUUCAGCCAGAAGGUCCGCCAGCGAAUGGUCCGGUUUUAUUCAUGGAAAAUGAAGAAGACGACUUCGGCCUAGGAAAAGGAAUCAAGACUCGGCCAACAGCAACAGAACUCGGUUUCGAUGACGAAGACGAUUUUGUCAUCGAAGAUGAUUUGAUAGCCAGCGAUUCAGAUCUAGAGCCUAUCGAAAGCGAAGUGUCUUCGGAUGAGGAGGAAUCGGACGCCGAAGAUGAUGAUGAAUUCACGAAAGGGCUGUUGAAUGAAGAGGAAACACAAAAUCCCGUGUUCAGCAGUCGGCUCACGGGCUUUCAAGCAUCAACCGACACUAAGGAAGAUUCAAACGGAUUGCCUUACACAUUUCCCUGUCCAGAGACCCUAGACGAGUUUGUGAGGAUGACACAGAGCAUCCCCGUAGAACAUCUCCCAACGGUGGUGCAACGGAUUAGGGCGCUAUAUCACCCGAAGCUAGACAGCGACAACAAGGCGAAACUCGCCAGAUUUGUGGCUAUCCUCAUUCAAUUCUUAGCGCACUCAUCUAACCUUGCAAACCUACCUCCCUUCUCCGUCCUCGAGACCCUUAUCCGCCAUAUUCAUUCCCUCGCGAAAUCUUACCCUGUCGAGACAGCGAACGAGUUUCGUUCACAACUCGAAGAUUUUGGUCGAUCAAGACCACUGUCUCCUAAUUUAGGCGACUUGAUAAUUUUGUCUGCGAUUGGAACCAUAUUUCCAACAUCAGACCAUUUCCACCAGGUCACAACUCCAGCAGGACUUCUCAUCGCGCGGAAUCUUGAGAAAGUUCCAAAGAAUAUUACGGAUUACGCUCAGGGGACUUAUCUGUCGACUUUAGCUCUACAGUACCAACAAGUUUCGAAACGCUAUAUACCUGAGGUCAUGAAUUUCUGCCUCAACACAUUGUGUGCCCUUGCACCGGAGAAACCUACAGCGACUUUGGGUUACUUCCCGAUUCAUGAGCCUACACCAGGAACUCGUAUCUCUGACGCCCAGUCAUACACUGUUAGGAAGUUGACUCCUGCGGACUGUGCCAAAGACGAAAUAACCGAUGAAGAGGCUAUCUCGACCAAACUCGCCAUAUUAUCCACCACUAUUCAAUUAUUAGACGCAGCAGCAGAUCUUUAUAGCGGCAAGUCUGCCUUCUUCGAAACAUUCGAACCAGCAAAGAAUGUCCUGGUUCAUGUAGCUACCAAGCAGUGUCGGACAAGGCUGCCAGCCACACUAAUUGACCGGGUUAACAAGUUUCAAUUAAAAUUAGACAAGAUGCUUAGGCUCGCCCAGGUCACUCGGCGGCCCCUCGAGCUUCACCACCACAGGCCACUACCCAUCAAGACGGCUAUUCCGAAGUUCGAGGACUCGUUCGAUCCUAACAAGCACUACGAUCCCGACCGUGACAGAGCGGAGCUGGCGAAGCUGAAGGCGGAACACAAGAAGGAGCGCAAGGGCGCUAUGCGGGAGCUGAGGAAGGACACCAACUUCAUGGCUCGCGAGCAGUUGAGGAUGAAGAAGGCCAAGGACGCCGCGUACGAGAAGAAGUACAAGAGGCUCGUGGCGGAGAUACAGGGCGAGGAGGGUAGAGAGGCGAACGCGUACGAGCGCGAGAAGCAGGCAAGAAAGCGGGCGGCGAAGAGAUAGAGCCACGCGGGUCUGCCAUAAACUAGAUGGAUUGUAUAUGAAUAGUAUCAUAUACAAAUAGAAGCGCUUGUGGCAACAAUAGAAUCCAGGUGCUUGCUUGCUUAUGUUUUCGGAGAUUUCGAAUUAUGGGUAAAUGUGAUCAACACCGUUAACCUGUGUACCUCCCCCCUGCUCGGACAGCACCGGGUCUCUUAAACCACAGCCUCCCUCCCUAUGAUGUGAUCUACUCUCGCCUAGUUUAUUUUGAUUUAAUAAGCUACCAGAUUAACCCCU